AUGAGAGGUUCAUCCCAAUGGGUGCCAAGCGUAUGUCUUCUUUACGUACUUAUAGGUCUCGUACUACCAUUACUCUUUGCUAAGAGUCCAGUAGCUCUUGCUGCUGCUUCUGAUGAUGAUUCAACUGAAAGUUAUGGUACUGUUAUUGGUAUUGAUUUAGGUACUACUUAUUCAUGUGUGGGUGUUAUGAAAAAUGGUAAGGUUGAAAUCUUAGCUAAUGAUCAAGGUAAUAGAAUUACUCCAUCAUAUGUUGCCUUUACUGAAGAUGAAAGAUUAAUUGGUGAUGCUGCUAAAAAUCAAGCUGCUUCCAAUACUGAAAAUACUAUUUUUGAUAUUAAAAGAUUAAUAGGUUUAAAAUAUAAUGAUAAAACUGUUCAAAAAGAAAUUAAACAUUUACCAUUUGCCAUUGAUAAAAGAGAUGGUAAACCAGUGGUUAAAAUUGAUUUUAAAGGUGAAUCAAAAACUUUUUCACCUGAAGAAAUUUCUGGUAUGAUUUUAGGUAAAAUGAAAUCAAUUGCUGAAGAAUAUUUAGGUAAAAAAGUUACUCAUGCUGUUGUUACUGUUCCAGCUUAUUUUAAUGAUGCUCAAAGACAAGCUACUAAAGAUGCUGGUACCAUUGCUGGUCUUAAUGUUUUAAGAAUUGUUAAUGAACCAACUGCUGCUGCCAUUGCUUAUGGGUUAGAUAAAACUGAUGGUGAAAAACAAAUCAUUGUUUAUGAUUUAGGUGGUGGUACUUUUGAUGUUUCUUUAUUAUCUAUUGAAGGUGGAGUUUUUGAAGUUUUAGCAACUGCUGGUGAUACUCAUUUAGGUGGUGAAGAUUUUGAUUUUAAAUUAGUUAGACAUUUCACUAAACUUUUUAAUAAGAAACAUGGUGUUGAUAUUUCUAAUAAUGCAAGAGCCAUUGCUAAAUUAAAGAGAGAAGCUGAAAAAGCCAAGAGAACUCUUUCAUCUCAAAUGAGUGCCAGAGUUGAAAUUGAUUCAUUCUUUGAUGGUAUUGAUUUCUCUGAAACUAUUUCAAGAGCUAAAUUUGAAGAAUUAAAUAUUGAUUCAUUUAAAAAGACUUUAACUCCAGUUGAAAGAGUUUUAAAAGAUGCUGGUGUUAAAAAAUCUGAAAUUGAUGAUAUUGUUUUAGUUGGUGGUUCUACUAGAAUUCCAAAAGUUCAAGAAUUAUUGGAAAAAUAUUUCGAUGGUAAAAAAGCUUCUAAAGGUAUUAAUCCAGAUGAAGCUGUUGCUUAUGGUGCUGCUGUUCAAGCUGGUGUUUUAUCUGGUGAAGAAGGGGUUGAUGAUAUUGUUUUAUUAGAUGUUAAUCCUUUAACUUUAGGUAUUGAAACCACUGGUGGUGUUAUGACUACUUUAAUUAAUAGAAAUACUGCUAUUCCAACUAAAAAAUCUCAAAUUUUCUCAACUGCUGCUGAUAAUCAACCAACUGUUUUAAUUCAAGUUUAUGAAGGUGAAAGAGCUUUAGCUAAAGAUAAUAAUAGAUUAGGUAAAUUUGAAUUAACUGGUAUUCCACCAUCACCAAGAGGAGUUCCACAAAUUGAAGUUACUUUUUCAUUAGAUGCUAAUGGUAUUUUAAAGGUUGAAGCUACUGAUAAAGGAACUGGUAAAUCUGAAUCUAUUACUAUUACUAAUGAUAAAGGUAGAUUAACUAAAGAAGAUAUUGAUAGAAUGGUUGAAGAAGCUGAAAAAUAUGCUCAAGAAGAUGCCGAAAUUAAGGCUAAGAUUGAAGCAAGAAAUUCUUUAGAAAAUUAUGCUCAUUUAUUAAAGGGACAAUUAAGUGAUACUACUGAAACUGGUUUAGGUAGUAAAUUAGAUGAAGAAGAUAAAGAAACUUUAGAUGAUGCAGUUAAAGAAACUUUGGAAUUUAUUGAAGAUAAUUAUGAUAGUGCAAGUGCUGAAGAAUUUGAAGAACAAAAACAAAAAUUAAUUGAUAUUGCUAAUCCAAUUACUGCCAAAUUAUAUGGUGGAGCAGGUGGAGCUGGAGGUGAUGGAGCUCAAUUUGGUGAUGAUGAUUCAGAUGAUGAUUUUGGUCAUGAUGAAUUAUAA